AUGGAAGGGGCCUGUAUGGACAUAUCAACACAUAUAUCAGAUAAGAAAGAAGUCCAAGUGAAGAAAGCGCUUAGCAAGAACGACACCAGAGAACUGACGGGACCCCCGGGACCAAUGAGCGAGAGCUCCGACCGAAGUCCCCGUGAGCAGGAUCCUACGACGAAAAAGAAACCAUCCCAGCAACCCAGCAGCGAAGCCUGA